AUGAAACUGUUCGUUGUAGCCGCUGUUCUGGGAGUUUGCUUGGCAGACCGCCUUGACAACAAAUACCUCCCACCUAGAGGAAAUGCCGGUGCUGGUGGUGUUGGUCCUGGAUUCGGAGCAGGAGGCGCACCCGUUUUUGGUGGCGGAGCCGGUGGUGCCGGUGGAUAUAGCGGUGGAGCAGGUGGAGCUGGAGGUUUUGGCCGUUUAAGUGGUGCUGCAGGAUUCGGUAAUGGUGCUGGCGCUGGUGCAGGAGGUUUUGGCGCUGGCGGUGCUGGUGGCUACAGUGGUGGUCAAUACUCUGGCAAUAUUUACAAUGCCCCAGCUGCUCAAUACAACGCCGGAGGCCGUGGUGGUGCCGCCUCUGCUGAUGCCAAUGCCGAAAUUCUCAAACUGAAUAGCGAAGUAACUGCCGAAGGUUUCUCUUACAACUUCGAAACCUCAAACGGAAUCCGUGCUGAUGCCGCUGGAGUUGCUACCAAUGGUGUUCAGUCCCAAGGAAGCUUUGCGUACAAAGGCGACGAUGGUCAGGACUACAGCAUCACCUACACCGCUGACGAAAAUGGAUUCCAGCCUCAGGGAGCCCAUUUGCCCACUCCUCCCCCAAUCCCUGAAGAAAUCCUGAAGUCUCUUGAGCAGAACGCCCGCGAUGAAGCUGCUGGCAUCGUUGAUGAUGGCAUCUACCGCGGUGAAGGAGCUGGCGCUGGCGCUGGCAACGGCUACCCCUCUGGCGGACCUGGUGGAUACGCCGGUGCCGGUGCCGGCUCUGGCUUCUCUGGUGCCGGUUCCAGCUACCCUGGUGCUGGUGGAGCCGGUGGUGCUGGAGGUGCUGGUGGUGCCCGUGGUGGUGCUGGAGCUGGAGCUUUCGGCAGCAGAGGUUCUCCCUUCGGUGGUGCGGCUUCCCGCCAAUACCUGGCGCCCAACGCUGGAGGUGGUCGGGGUUCCGGUAACUUCAACGCUCAAACUGGAUACCGUUACUAG